CUAAACUUAGCAACCAAAUAAUGAUUUAUUCUAAUAAUUAUCUCUAAUAUGAAUAUGAUAAUUAUAAUAGAAACCCAUCGAGAAUAGGUUUCUAUCAUUCCCUCCCCUUGAGACCAACCUUGCCCUCAAGGUUGACCGACUUGUCUCACUUCUCUACCCUUCUUGUCCCAGCUAGGUGUCGUCUCCUCCACUUCUUACUCUUCCUCUUCUCACAAUUUCGAUCAAACAUCCGGACUCGACGCAUAGCACAAGUAGAAGUAGCUCCCCCCUUUACUGAAAUUUCUUCCUUGUCGUAACUCCAGGCAUCGAAAUAAUGAGCACCAUAUAUGGUCCAAGUCUUUACUUGUGAACUCCACAAAGUAAAGACCCGCGAAGUGGUCUCGAUCAUUAACUACGAAUCCUAAAUCCUCCACUGAAGGCUUCGUAGCAACCGUAGUUACCUCCGCCGCACUUGUGACCUUCCAUUAAACGCUUCUUCCUGCACCUUGUUCCUCACACAAUGAAGGAUACAGCCGCCCUUCCAUUCCACACAUGCAACCUCUUCCAUUUUUCCAGCAUCCAUCUUGCCUUUUUAAUGUCCGCCCCACGUCGCCAUCUCCGCUAUGAACAUCCAAAAGCACCUCAAACAUCUAACUACCAGCCCCCCUUACCAAACUCGACUGCCAAGAGCUAACAAAUGCCAACAAGUGAUGUUCCCUCCUAGCAGUUGCGCGUCCCAUGGCACGGAGAUGAGCGGCUCUGGUGUAGCUAUGGCAAAUGACCAAUGUAAGAUUGUUCCAUUCUCCGCUUUACGCUGCUGUUCAAGCCGCUUCUCUAUUUCUCUCUUUGAGAACUCUUGUCCUUGCGACAUCACUUCUCCAUCCCACCUCGUGGAUAGUUUCACAAAUUGAGGUUACACAUGCAUCCCAAGUAAUUCAGGUCCACUAAAACUCAAUUAGCCCAUACUUGAGUUCGUGGCAAAUCCCACACAAUAAUCCUACAUUUCCAAGUAUCGAUUUGACCCGCAAGCACUCGGACUAGAACUGCAGACCUGAUAGUCAAUUCAUCUUCUCUAACCUUUGGAGUUACUACUAGUAACGAUGGCUGCCUCGACCUGGCAGUAUGGUCGGGAACGCUGACGGCGACCCCAACUACUAGACUCGCCGUCAACUUCUCAGUAGCUUCUUGCUCCGAGUCUGAUAGGAGUUCGCCCGGUGGAGGCCUUCGUCUCGAUCAUUGCUAGGGCCCAAUCAUUCGCACCCUCUUCUUUCUGUUCGGCUGUUCUGCCGUUACCAUUGUUGUGGUCUGCCCGCCCCGACCUGUGCUAGGGCGGGUAGAACCUGACCCGUCCUAGAACGGGACGGAUCUUGACCCGACCCGCGAGCAGAACAGGACAGCAAUGGGUAGGCACCUUUACCCGCCCCGCCGUCUCUCUAUUAUCAUACGACCGUCCAGUCCCCAAAUACCAAUCCUCUCCAAAUUAGUUAGAUAUCCAAAUCCUUUCGUUUCCAUAGCUUCCUUUCUCUUCUCCCCAUCCUCUGCCGAAACAAUCGAUGCCAUCAAUGCGAAAGACUCCUCGUAUCCUUGAAAUUUUGGGGAUUUCCAAGCCAAACAAGCGUGAUUCAAAGUUUAAAAUCGAGAUGGAAAUAGGUUUUAGGUAUAUUUCGUCGAUUCGGUAUCCUCCCCUUCCCAAUCAAAUUCUAGACGAGUACCAUAUAUUCUUCUCAUCUUCCUCUUUUUUCUAUCAUUGUCUUCCUCUGAAGCCGCAACCCUCAGUCAUUCCUACUUGCCACUGAGUUGCCAGCAUCCACUAUCCAAUCGCUAGCUCUUCCUUGGCAAGUUUCGCCUUAUCCAGGUAUAUUGCAAAAGCUCUUUCUUUUGGGUUCUAAUCCUGUGUUUGCGUAAUUGUGUGCUGUAAUUGGUUGCUUACUUGCUGGCUUGCUACUACAUUUAUUUGGAUUUUUAAUAAUAUGUGUUCACAUGGCGAAAUGGAUGUUAAGUGGCUUCCUGCUAUUUCAUUAUAUCACAAUUGAGAAUAAGAUAACAUGGGUAAUAAACUAAGAAUGGGUUGCUGCUGUAAUCUAUAUUCCUAAUCAUUGUACGUGAGAGUGAAAUAUCUACUCAUUAACCGGGAUGCAGGAACUCAAGGUGCAGAGGCAACAUUUUCUCAUAACCCCAUUCAUGGCCUUUCCACUCUAGCAAUUGCUCGAUCACAACCACCAUUUUAUUUUCUUACUUCCCAUUUAAUAAUUGAUUGCUUUUGUACGUUAUUUAUCCAAAAUACUUGGAUUAUAUACACUUAACAGUUAGCACUCAGCUGAGGAUAAUUUUUUUUUUUUUUUGCAUAUGACUAAUGAUGUUGUGUUUUACUUGUUGUUUUUAUAGAUGACAGUUCAAGGGCAACAAGGUGAUGUUGCAGUUCCAAAUACAGAUAAAAAUCCGUCUCAACCUGCUUCACCUACGAUUAUGCAAGUUGUUGCUGAGGUUGAAGGUGAACCGACCCCCCUGAACCUACAAAUACUUGCCAAGAGCGUAUAGGUGGAACAACUCGUAAAGUUUACUCUAAGUGGUGGCAACAUUACAAUAAAUUAAUUGUUGGCAAUGAGCUAAAGGCGGAGUGCUAGUAUUGUAAGAAGCAUCUUCUUGAAGACCCAUAGCAAGGAACCAACCAUCUGAAGAAUAAUUACCAUAGAUGUCCUAAAGUGCAGCGACCUAUGGAAUAUGGAUAUAAGGCAACAAGUUUUACAUGGAAAUAUGAGCAAGGAAAAAUUCCAGUUGACACCUUUUAACUUCAAUCAAGGUGCUUCUCGAAAAGAACUUGCUAAGGUAAUAAUCAAGCAUGAGUAUCCUCUAAGGAUUGUUGAUCAUGAAGGUUUCAGGAGUUUCUGCAUGAGUUCGAACCCCUGUUUCAAGAUGGUGACAAGAAAUACCAUCAAGAAGGAUUGCAUGCUCAUAUAUGAUGUUCACAAGCAAGGAGUUAUGCAACCUUUGGAGAGGAACGAAGGUCGGGUUGCAAUAAAUACAAACAUGUGGACAUCUUCUCGGAAUAUGGGAUUCAUGGUUGUGACCGUACAUUACAUUGACAACAACUGGAGUUUGCAAAGUUUAAUUAUUAGGUAUUUCCUUUUAUCUUUUGUGGCCUAGUUUCUGUUAUGGAAUAAUUAUGUGCUAUUGGA